AUGAUUGUCACUAAACGACUAACAGAACUUGAUGGAAAGCAAUUGGGCUUGUGCAAGGCACCGGAACCGAAAGUAAAGUUAUCAAAUUUGAUGCGAGUGCUGGGCUCGGAUGCUAUUCAGGAUCCAACAAAAGUUGAAGCACACGUACGCAAGCAGAUUGCUGAAAGGCAGCGUAAACAUGAAACGGCAAAUCAGCAACGAAAAUUAACAAAAGAACAGCGAUCGGAGAAAAAAAUUCGAAAAAUCAAAGAGGACACAUCACUGGCUGUGCAUGCAGCUUUAUAUAAGGUGAAAUCGUUGGCUCAUCCGGCAAAGCGAUUCAAAGUGGAAAUGAACGCAAAGCAGUUGCAUAUGACGGGUCUUAUUCUACUCCAUAACAAUAUCAAUCUUGUGAUUGUUGAAGGCGGUAUGUUUGGAAAUCAAGCAAUUAAUGAAAUGUAA